CCUCCUACAGCUCAGGACAAACUCUAUAUUCAUGUGCUCGAUCUUGCAGUUGCUCAAACGCCCCACAGCAACUCCUGGGCACACCAGCCCCCUCCAUCGCCUCCACAGCUUCAGCCGCUGAGCGCAAUGCCACGGAGUGAAAACAAGCGCAGCGCCUGCUCGGUUCACAACACCAUGUGGAGGACAUGCAGUAUCUUUUGCGCAUGGACUCUGCUCUUCCUGACAGAAGUCUGUGCGCAGUCUCAGCUGAGAACCUUUACAUGUGGCGGAAACAUCACAGGGGAGUCUGGAGUCAUCGGAAGCCAAGGUUACCCAGGAGUUUACCCUCCAAACACCAAAUGCGUGUGGAGAAUCACAGUUCCUGAAAGCAAGGUGGUCAUACUGACAUUUCGCUCGAUUGAUCUGGAGAACGACAACCUUUGUCGCUAUGACUACGUGGACGUACACAGUGGUCAUGUCAACGGGCAGAGACUUGGUCGUUUCUGUGGGACCUUCAAGCCCGGAGCCCUCGUGUCCACAGGCAACAAGAUGCUCCUGCAGAUGGUGUCUGAUGCCAACACUGCUGGCAGUGGCUUCCUUGCGGAUUUCGAUAGUGCCCCUCCUCAUGAGAGAGGUGACCAGUACUGUGGAGGCAGACUUGAUAAGCCUUCUGGGACUUUCAAAACACCUAACUGGCCUGAAAAGGACUAUCCAGCUGGUGUCACCUGCUUCUGGCGUAUAGUGGCACCAAAAAACCAGAUCAUCGAAGUAAAGUUUGAGAAAUUCGACGUUGAGCGGGACAACUACUGCCGCUACGACCACGUCUCCAUUUUCAAUGGGGCAGAAGUAAACGACGCCAAAAGAAUCGGCAAAUACUGCGGAGACAGCCCCCCAGCGCCAGUGUUCUCGGAGGGGAAUCAGCUCCUGAUCCAGUUCCUGUCCGAUCUCAGCCUGACUGCAGACGGCUUCAUCGGACACUACAAGUUCAGACCGAAGAAGCUGCCCAUCACCACCACACCACCAACCACCACCACACAGCCGGUCACCACUAGGCCCAUACCUCUGAAGUACUCCGCCGCCUUGUGUCAGCAGACGUGCAAAAGACGAGGAACCCUCGAGAGCAAUUACUGCUCCAGCAAUUUUGUGAUAACUGGAACGGUCAUUACUGCAGCGAUGAGAGGAGGAAGCAUGUACGCCACCGUCUCCAUCAUCAAUGUGUAUAAAGAAGGCAGCCUGGUGAUCCAGCAGGCGGGGAAGACAAUGAGCACCAAGAUCAUUAUCCUGUGCAAAAAGUGUCCAUUAAUCAGACGAGGCUUGAACUACAUCUUCAUGGGUCAGGUGGACGAGGAGGGCCGGGGGAAGAUCGCCCCGCAGCACUUUGUCAUGGCCUUCAAGAAGAAGAACCAAAAAGGACUAAACGUUCUGAAAAACAGGCAAUGCUGAUCUGUCCCCGUCGCGCUGAGGAGCUCCCGCCUAAAGAGGCUCAGCUGUGGAUGGAAACAAUUAGGCAGGAAACAAAGCUCCUUUUCAAUGACACAGAACCAAAUCUGGGUGCCAAGCUGGCACAGCAAAACCCUUAAUUCAAUGUUUCAUUAAAUUAAGGGUAACACACAUUGGUGCAUUUAUUAGGACAUAUUUUUUUUUUUUUUUUUUGCCAAUUGGGCACAUGCAGCAUUGAGUAAUUGCAGGUUGUCUCCUGUUUAAAAGAACAGCUUGUCAUUUAAACUAAGAUUAAUGAGCAAAAAAUGAGUUCAAAUUUCUCCUUCUAUCCACAGAUUGUUCCCUACAUUCCUGUCACGCUUCUCACAGAUUGUAGCUACUUAGAAAAA